AUGAGCAACCACUACAACCACAGAUGGCUGGGCGACGCGGAGGAGCAACGCCCCCUGCAUCAACCCUACCUGCACCAACAGCCCCCACCCCCUUCAUCUGGCGGCUACUCGCAGGCCUCUCACCCGGGGCCGGUUGGCCCCAUCCCCUACUACACGGGCACACCCGAUUACUACAACGCACCCCGCCGCCCCUCACCCGAGCUGCCUCCGCAUCUUCUCCCGGCCGUCUCCUCGCCAUCUUCAUCUUUUUCUGCUUCUUCUACGUCGGGCGGGCGCCCGGUGACCCCGCCCGUGUCUGCCCCGAGCGCCUACGCCCACAACCCCGACGACCUGUUCCGCACAACGACCACCGCCGGCGGUGGCGGCUCGUACCACCCGCAACAGCAGCAACACCUGCCCUUCAACACCCGCGUCCCUGUCGAGGCGGAUGGUGCCGCCUACGAACGGGUGGAUCAGUGGCAUCAGACGCGACUGCGGAACGCCCGAGUGGUCGAGCAGCAGCGGACCAUCCAGGAGUCCAACCACAAACACUUCCCCUUCUUCCUCCUCCUCGCCUCCAUUGCGCAAUGCGUGCUUAUGGGCGUGGCGAUCUGGAAGAACGGAGGCUUUGAGCCCAUUUCCGUCAACCCUUUCUUCGGCCCCGAUGCCGAAACUCUGAUCGCGUUGGGCGCCAAGGACGUGCCCAAGAUCGUGGAGGACUACGAGGUGUGGCGCUUCUUCACUCCCAUCUUCCUCCACGCCGGCCUCAUCCACCUGGCCCUCAACUUGAUUUUCCAGCUCCAGUGCUUUAUGCUGGAACGACAAAUGGGCUUCGUCCGAGUGGGGCUCGUGUACAUCGUGUCGGGCUUCGGCGGCAACCUGGCCUCGAGUCUCUUCCUGCCCCGGCUCAUUUCCGUCGGCGCCUCCGGUGCGCUGUUUGGGCUGGUGGGUAUGAUCUUCGUGGUGAUCUUCCGCAACUGGUCCCUCGUGGUGAGCCCCUGCCGCAAUCUCGUCGUGCUCUGCAUCAUGGUCGCCAUCUCGCUCUUCCUCGGCCUCCUGCCCAACGUGGACAACUUCGCCCAUGUCGGCGGGUUGGUGACGGGGCUGGUGGCGAGCUUGAUCGUGGUGCCCUCGCUGAAGCACGGCGCCAAGGCCGGGCCGUUCCGCCUCCUCGUGGCCUCGGUCGCCCUGCUGGUCCUCGCUGCGGGCCUCGGCCUGGGCGUCUACGCGCUCUUCGAGGAUGUGCCCCUGCGCGAGUGGUGCAGCUUCUGUUCGCUCAUCAACUGCGUCGACUUUGGCCAGGACUGGUGCGUCGACCAGACCUGA